AACUCACCAAUUUUAUUUUUCUAAAGUUAAGAAGAAGAAAUGUUGGACUAGUGCAAGGCAUAUGUCAUGCCUACUGUAUAUUUGUUUUUCAGUAAAAGCAUAUUGUGCAUGAGUAGAGUGGUAAGCAUAUUUAGCUUUGUUUUAUACUCAGCAGUUUUUCUACUUACCAUGUCUACCAACGUUGAUUGUGGAAAGGAAAGGCUUGUGUCUGUUGAUUUCGAGAUAUUCGGGAAUGUCCAGGGUGUUUGCUUCAGAAUGUACACAGAAGAUGAAGGAAAGAAGCUGGGUGUUAGUGGAUGGGUAAAGAACACAAGGCAAGGAACAGUUGUUGGCCAGGUUCAGGGGCCCUACAUCAAGGUCAAUGAAAUGAAGGUGUGGCUGAGUAAGGUGGGUAGUCCUAGUUCACGAAUUGAUCGUGCAGAGUUCUCCAAUGAGAAGGACAUCCCCAAACUGGAAAUCCAUGGAUUUGUUACACGGUACUGAUCGGGAGAGCAACACAGCGGCAGCAACUAAAUCUACCGAAGAUUCCCCCCAAAAAGCCACUUGUUCUGCUAUAUUAACUUUUAUAUUUACACAAUCUUCACAAUCUAAAAUAUCCUUCUAAACUCUGUUUUGCCUUUUUGUUUAUAGAACAGGGAAAGUACAGUACUUUUCUUUUGCAUUACAUUGGCUUGUGAGUUAAUAUUGUGAUAUUUAAAUCAUUAAAUUAACUAAUAAGUAUGCUCAAAGAGCAUCAAAUUUUUUGUUUAUUUUGAUUUGACAAUCUCUUCAUGUCUGAAAGAGUAAUAGAUGUUACCAGUACAUUUUGCAAUUACAUUUUAUGUUCUCAUAUAAACAAAAAUGUUUACCAUGAGUAGUUCGUUAAAUUCAACUUGCACUGAAUUGCAUAGGAUAAUUAACAUCUAAAUGUAUUUCUUAAUAACAACGACAGUGAAAUAAAAUCAUUGAGUGAAA